UGAAGGACAUGGUACUGAUGGCACUGCAGCAACCUCAUUUAGUGGAAGAUGUCCUGCCUCUGAAGGAAGAUGAUCACACACAGAGGAGAUCUAUUAAAUUAUCUGGGACACAAGUCUUGCUUCCAGAUCCAAGGACUCUCACUGAGUGGCAGGAGGACUUGAGUACAAUGCCCUAUAUUACUCAAGCCCAUGUACUCAUGUAUCUGGUCUUAAAACAGGGAUGGCCAGCAGAACGCAUCCAAGCCUAUGAAAAGGAAUGUGGCUACCAGCUUUAUCAGGAGAGACACAUCCAGCAUGUUCAAGUAAAAAAGCUGGAUUAUGAUGUGUCGUGCAUUAAAGGUACCUGUGUGCGCCAAACCAACCAGAAUGAGACCCCUUACCAAGUUUGGAUGUUUGCCUCUUCUAAUGGUGACAUCCAUGCAGCUGGCUGCCAGUGUAUAGGAGAUGAUGGGGGAUGCAAGCACGUCUUUGCAUUCAUCUUCGCCAGAUCAGAUUUUGUGCAGCGUUGUGGGGUGCAGCCGGGAAGUGCACAGCGUACCUGCACAGACGUGACUUGCACCUGGGACAAGCCUCGCAGGCAAAAUAAGUGUAACUUUAACCUUGUCACCAUUGCGAGCAGCACAGGUGCAGGGAACAGCAGAUCCAGUACUCAAAAACCUUAUAGUUCUGGUAGUUAUAAGGCAAUAUCAGAGUUAUAUUCCCCUUAUACUCCCGACAAAGUUGCAGACGACAUUGCAACCACUCUCCAGCAUGUACCGGAUGCAGCACUGUGGGGUAUUGUUCCAGGAAGACCAGCCUCCUCUUUACCCUCUAUUACAGGAUUAGCAAAAUGUUUCUUUUCACAGGACAAUCAAGGUGAAAGUUUCAUCAAUUUUUUAAAGAGUAAGUAUACUAAUACAGUUAUUUCAGAAAUUUUUGAAAAAACAAGCGACAACAUUUGUGUCCCAUAUGGAAACAACAGAGUGGGGCAAUAA